CCGGAGCGCUUCCUUUUUGUCUCUCGUGUCCCAAGAUGGCGGCGGAGGCUCCCGAGGAGGCGUCGGGCUUCUUGGGCUUCGGGCCCGGCUCCCGCGACCCGGCCCUGCCCCUGUCGCGGCGGGCGGGCGGGAAGGGCGCCCGGAACCGCAAGAAGGGCUGGAAGCGCUGGCGGGGGCCGGAGGCCAAGCUGGGCAGAGACCUCGGAGAAUGGCUGGACGAGCGGGCGGCGGAGAUGCGCCAUCUGGGUGGCCCAGUGGCUGAGAAGCCGGACGAGAGCCUGUUCUUUGUGGACACUGGCAGUGAGGAGAAAGACCAGCAACAGACCCGUGCCAAAGGAAAACCGCUGAAGAUUGACUUGAUCCUACAGAUAGAUUCCAAAGUGCCUGUCCCCAAAGACAUCCUCGCCCACCAAGUCCCCAAUGGCAAGAAGAUGAAGCGGAAGCAGCAGCUGUGGCAGAAGCUGGCAGAGAAAGGGCUGGUCCCCCGGAAAGAGAGGCUUCUCCGGGAAAGAUUGCAGAAAGCCCCCGCAGCAAAAGCCGCCUCUGUAGAAGCCGGCAGCACCACUGGGACUUCCAGGGCAUUCUACGAUAUCUGGUCAGACUCAAAUCCACUGGAUCAAGCCCUAGCUGGGAAAGACACGUGGUUCCUGGAGCAGACCAAAAAGCAGCCUGUGAAACGACCAGGAAGGCUCCUGAAGGCACCAUCGCAAGUGCCGGCUGUGGAGGUGGCUGCCCCAGGCGCGUCUUACAAUCCCAGCUUCCAGGCUCACCAGGUUCUGCUCCUCCAGGCUCACGAAAUCGAGCUGCAGAGGCAGAAGGCCGAGGAGAAACUGGAUCGCCAGCUCUGCUUCCCCACAGCAGAUGAGGCUCCCACCCAGGAGACAAUCUUCCAGGAACAAUGCGAAGGACUUCUAGAGGAGGAAGACUCUGGCAACGAGGAGGAGCCGGAGUGUCCGGCAGACUCUGCUCAAGCUCCCCCUUUGGCCCUUGCUGCCACGGGGGAGAAGAAAACCGAGAGACAGCGGAAGAAGGAAAAGGAGGCCAAGCGACGGAAAGCCCGGGAGUCGCACGAGAAGGCGGCGCGGCUCCGGCGUCAGGAGGUCUUCCGGCUGCACUCGAUCCGGCUGCAGGUGAAGCGCUGGGAGGCGGAGCUGCUGCGACGGAAAAAGGCGCGGGCGGCCAGGAGAAAGGCCGAAGCCAAUAAGCCCAAGCGGUUGGGCAGGCUCAAGUACGAAGACCCGGAUCUGGAUUUGCAGCUGAGCACCGAACUGGCCGAGUCUUUGAGGACGCUGAAGCCUGAAGGGAGCAUCUUGAAGGAUCGGUUCAAGAACCUGCAGAAACGGAACAUCAUAGAACCCAGGGAGCGGGCAAAGUUCAAGAGGAAAUACCGCGUGAAAUACGUUGAAAAACGGGCGUUCCGGGAGAUCACGUUAUAGAGCACGGAUCACACCACAGCAUUCUGGAAAUUCCUCAUCUUUUCUGUUUCAUUAAAAAAAAGUCAGACCUC